AUGGCGCUCCGCAGCUACUUCUCAUACUGGAUGAUACCAGUCUUCUCCAGUCUCGUCUGGCUCGGCAUGCUCCUCGGGCUGCUGCUGCACUGGAUCGUCGGCACCCACCGCCGCGUAUACCCGUCCAUGAACGAGGGCCAGAAAAUCGCCUACAUCAGCGACGUGGGCGCGCAGGAGCUCAAACCGCUCUUCAUUGCAGGCUCGGCCGUCGUCACCGUCACGCUCGACCUCGCCUUCGUGGCGGAGCGCUGGCUGCGGCACCGCGGGCGCCUUGUGAGAAACUCGUCCAUCGGCGAGCGCACCCUUGUCGCCCUCACCAUCGUCUUCGCCAUCAUCGGCACGUGCGGGCUCAUCCUGCUGAGCAUAUUCGACACCUGGCGCCACCCGCGCCUGCACGACAUUUUCCUGCUACUCUUCAUUGCCGGGUACCUGCUGUCGGCUGUGUUUAUCUGCUGGGAGUACCAGCGGCUGGGCAUCAAACACCGCGACUUUCGCGUCCUGCGCGCGUCCUUUUGGGUCAAGCUCACCUUCAUCCUCGUCGAGCUCGUCCUGGCCAUUGUCUUUGCCGCCACGACCUUUACCCAUCAUAGCGACAUCGCGGCCGUUUUCGAAUGGGUCAUCGCCUUCAUCUUUACCUUUUAUAUCCUGUCCUUUGUCAUCGACCUGCUUCCCGCUAUACACACGAGGGACCCGGGGGCGCGGUUCGAGAAGCCGCACGACAUGGAGGAGGGCAGCAACGGCAUCGGGGGCGCCGCCAACGGCCACAUGAAUGGUGGCCACGCCAACGGCGGCGGGUACAGGAGAGAGUACCCCAUGGACAGCAACCCGCCCAACUUUUAG